AUGGCAGUCCAGUGGUAUGAUCAAGCACAGUUGCCGCAGCUGCCCUUCUGGACAAAUGCAGAUGAGACAUCUGAUCACGUGGACACGAUUCUCGAGUUCCACGUCUCGCCAUGCAGCGACUUUCAGCGAGGAUUCUGUGCCAAGCACGGGGCCAGGGCGAAGGCCAAUCAGUGUCGCUCUUAUCAUUUUGAGUCGCAGCGACGGCGCCGAGCUAUCGACGCUUCGACGGGGCAACUGACGUACUGGGAGACACCUUGUCCAUCUUGGAGCCUUGAGAUGGGAUGCGCUUUAGCUGGGGAUUCCUGUCCCUUGGCGCAUGGCCGUGAGGAGGUGUCCUUUCACCCCGCCAAGUACAAGACCAGACCCUGCAAUGGCACAGAUUGUCGCGGAGAAGGAGCAUGUUGCUUUGCUCAUAGCGACAACGAGUUGAGGCAACAUGCCCCAGCGAGGUAUUCCUACUUUAUGAUUUCGCUUGGGCUCUCAGUUUUGUGGCACAGAGCCUGCCAAUCUUUGAGAGGAUCACCAAGCCGAGGUCAAGGCUUGCCGCUAAAGACGCGCUUCUGCGCCUUCUAUCCGAAUAUCAGCCAAUGCAGACGUGGAGCAGCCUGUUCCUUUGCGCAUACUCGCGAUGAGGUGCAGACCAAGUUGCUCUCCAUCGAGGAAGAAGAACAUCAUGAAAGUGCCAUGACGCAAGCAUUUUUCACCAGGCUUCGUACUCUCAGCGCUGCCCACUUGGACUGCGGUGCCCCUAUGCUCACGGCGCAAAGGGCCAGCAUUGAUAUUUUGUUGUGCUGCACUGUGGUUGACAUCCAAGAGCUCCUGGUCAUCCAUUGGAGGACAGGUGCCCCAGACAACGUUUGUGUGCAUUCUAUCAUCGCCGAUCUGAACACCGGAAGCAGUGGGACUUCACCCGAUAAUCAUGACUACGAUCAUCCUCUUCCGGCGGAGGUGAUUGAUGCUGCUUGGGCCGAUCAAUUCUUGAACCCGCCAAUCUUUGACAACUUGGAUGAUGAGGCUGGCCACGUUACGCAGGUCAUAUACGAGCCGGCGCAGGCAAAUUCAAACGCCAAUCCUGCGCCGAAAAAGGUCCUUAGCAAGAUCACCAUCGAAAAGGUGAAGUCCUCCAAGGUCAGCAGUGACCCGCAGAAGGUGACGGUCAGUGCCGCCUUUGCCUUGUCCAAGAAUUGCCUUUUGGCGAGAGACGCAAAAGAAGAAAACUGGGCGAAUCUGGACUUCUACCAUCAUUCGGCCAGCCAAAGACCGCUGGGCCAAGGUGACGACUCACAGAGAUGGUGGAACAUGGUCAACAAUGCUGUGACAGAGCUCCUAUAGUUC